ACAAUUCACACAGCUCUGGUGAUCAGAAUUCAGGAAGUUGUGUCACAUCAAGUCAAACCCGUUUCUGAGUUUUAACAGUACAGAGACUGCUGUACCAAAGUUUCUUACUAUGUGAGGUGUACUGCUGUGGAAAGUGACUGGGUAAAUAGAUGACUUGGACAGAUCAUUCAGAGACAAUCUGAUUCUGUGACCAAGCAAGAGACUUGAUAAUAGUGUACGUGAGCAUUAAAGACUCUGAUGCUGUAGACUCAGUGGACCAUCAUCUACAGAGGAAAAAAGAUCAGUCUCUUCUGAAGGGCAUUGAGAAGAUGGAGGAAAACAGAUAUCCUAACCUGAAGACUCCUGAAGAAUUAAGCCAAACAAGAAACAAUCCACCUCUGGGUCUACGUUCCAGUUUUCGUAGAUGGACACGUAGGAUGAACCCAACACGAAUGCCACUGAAUUUCUCUGGAAAACAUAAGGUGAAUCUUGUGCUGUGUGGAUCUGAUAGCACAUUUAAGAUCUCAGUGUCCAGACUUUUACAAGGGAAAAAGUUAAAACCUUCUUAUGAGAGAGUGAGAAGUGAAGAGUGUGUGAAGAGAGAGGUGAAGAUUCAUGGACAUCUGAUCAGUCUGGUGGAGCUUCCAGCUCUCAGUCGGCUCUCAGAGGAGGAAGUAAGGCGUCAGACUCUCCGAUGUGUGUCUCUCUGUGAUCCUGGAGUUCAUGUUUUCCUCCUCAUUAUUCCUGCUGCUACACUUAAUAAUGAUGAGAGAUCAGAAAUAGAAAAGAUCCAGAAGAUAUUUGACUCCAGAGAGCACUUCAUGAUACUUUUUACAACAGAGCUGAUUGUUAUUAAAAGAGUAACCACCUUUGUUCAAUCCAGCCCAGAAUCUCAGAGGUUAAUCAGUCGUUGUGGAGGCCAGUACAGAGUGAUUGGGUUAAAUGAACCUGGAAACUCAAGACAGAUCCCAGAACUACUGGAAUAUAUAGAAAACAUGAAGAUUGAACCAUAUUCACUUCAGAUGUAUGUGAAAGCUCAAGAGAACAGAGUCAGAUGUGAACUGGAGGAACAAAAUAAGAAAGAAAUGAGUGAAAUGGAGAAUGAAAUCAAAGAGUCACAAGGGAAGUUUCAGUCAGAAGGUGCUGAAGGUGAAGCAGAUGAUCAGGAGUGUCUGAGGAUUGUGCUGAUUGGAAGAACAGGAAAUGGAAAGAGUGCAACAGGAAACACUAUUCUGGGAAGAAAUGAGUUUCAGAGCCAAUCAAGCUCAGAUUCAGUGACGAUUGUUUGUGAGAAGAGAGUUGGUGAAGUUGAUGGUCGAUCAGUAGCAGUUGUUGAUACUCCAGGACUCUUUGACACAUCACUGCAAACUGAUCAGCUGGUGGAAGAAAUAAUGAAAUGUGUUUCACUUUCGUCACCUGGACCUCAUGUGUUUGUCAUUGUGUUGACUGUGGGAAGAUUCACUAAAGAGAAGAUGGACACUAUGGAUCUGAUAAAGAAGAUCUUUGGUCCAAAAGCUGCUCAGUUCAGCAUCAUUCUGUUCACUAGAGGAGAUGAACUUGAGAAUCUGUCCAUAGAAGAUUAUAUGAAGAGAUGUAAGUCUGCAGAACUGAAGAAACUGAUCAGAGAUUGUGGAAACAGAUUCCUGGUUUUCAAUAACAGAGAAAAACAAGACAAAACUCAAGUGAUUCAACUAUUAAACAUGAUAGAAGAGCUGAAAAAUACUAAUGAGGGUAGAUACUUCACUAACAGCAUGUUUGAGGAGGCAGAGAUGAGCAUUAAAAAAAGAAUGGAGGAAAUACUGAAAGAGAAAGAGAGAGAAAUUCAGAAACAGAAAUACGAGUUACGAGAAAUGAAAAACAUGACGAAGAGACUAGAGGAAGAGAAACAAAGAGCAGAUGAGGAGAGAAUGAAAAUGCAGAAUCAAUAUAGAAAAAAAGAAAAGGAAAUAAAAGACAUGAUGAAGAAACAUCAAGAUGAAGCCAGAAAACAAGCAGAGGAAUUUCAUGAGUCGACAGAAAGAAAACUGAAGCAUGUUCUGGAGCUCACAGAGAUGCUUAAAGAAUGUCAAAAAUAGGAUAAAACACACUGGAUAAAAUGUGUAAAUAAAAAAGAAGAAAGGGAAUAGAAAAGAACUAAAACUAAUUGAAAAACCAAAGAAUAAAACAGACUCUACCUUUCUAUGAUAUUUCUGAAAGUCUAAAAAUCUAAAGUCAACUAAUAAAUAAAUGAAUGCUUUGUUUUUAUUAUCUGUAUUUACUUACAUGAAGCUUUUAUUACUUUAAUUUCUGAAUAAAGGAUUAGUUCACUUUGAAA